AUGGAGGUGGCCACGGACCACUGGAUGGCCCACCACGCCGUGCUCAACGGGCAGCACCCCGAGAGCCACCACCCCGGUCUGGCUCACAACUACAUGGAACCAGCGCAGCUCCUACCUCCGGAUGAAGUCGACGUCUUCUUCAACCACCUGGACUCCCAGGGCAACCCCUACUACGCCAAUUCCGCCCAUGCCCGGGCCAGGGUCUCCUACAGCCAGGCACACGCCCGCCUGACCGGGAGUCAAAUGUGCCGGCCUCAUCUUAUCCACAGCCCCGGGAUCCCUUGGCUGGACAGCAGCAAGGCGGCACUGUCUGCCCAUCACCACAACCCCUGGACCGUCAACCCCUUCACCAAGACACCCCUGCACCCCUCGGCGGCCGGAGCGCCCGGGGCAUCGGUGUACCCAGGCAGCAGCACGUCCAGCACCGCCUCCGUGUCUUCGCUCACCCCGGCCUCGCACUCCGGCUCCCACCUCUUUGGCUUCCCCCCGACCCCUCCCAAGGAGGUGUCCCCGGACCCCAACUCCACCAGCGCUGCCUCCCCUUCGUCCUCCGCUGGGGCCCGGCAGGAGGACAAAGACAGCAUCAAGUACCAAGUGUCGCUGUCGGAGGGGAUGAAGAUGGAGAGCGCCAGCCCGCUCAGAAGCAGCCUCACCAGCAUGGGGGCCCAGCCCUCCACCCACCACCCCAUCCCCACCUACCCCUCCUACGUGCCGGCCGCCCACGACUACAGCAGCAGCCUCUUCCAUCCCGGCAGCUUCCUGGGGGGCCCAGCGUCCAGCUUCACCCCCAAGCCACGAAGCAAGGCCAGAUCCUGUUCGGAAGGCAGAGAGUGUGUGAACUGUGGAGCAACUGCCACCCCUCUCUGGAGAAGAGACGGCACCGGGCAUUACCUGUGUAACGCCUGCGGGCUCUACCACAAAAUGAAUGGUCAAAACCGACCUCUCAUUAAACCUAAACGAAGGCUGUCAGCGGCUAGGAGAGCAGGGACGUGUUGUGCCAACUGUCAGACAACCACCACGACCUUAUGGCGACGUAAUGCAAACGGGGACCCAGUUUGUAAUGCCUGCGGACUCUACUAUAAAUUGCACAAUGUGAACAGGCCUCUGACCAUGAAAAAGGAAGGAAUUCAGACCAGGAAUAGGAAAAUGUCCAACAAAUCAAAGAAAAGCAAGAAAGGCUCUGAGUGUUUUGAGGAACUGUCCAAGUGCAUGCAGGAGAAAUCGUCUCCGUUCAGCGCUGCUGCUCUUGCUAGUCACAUGGCGCCCAUGGGGCAUUUGCCACCUUUCAGCCACUCUGGACACAUCCUACCAACACCCACCCCCAUCCACCCAUCUUCCAGCAUCUCAUUUGGACAUCCACACCCAUCCAGCAUGGUUACAGCCAUGGGAUAAAACCUGAUGACCAAGAGACCCACCCAGAGAUUAAGAACAUGGGGCUUUGCCUAAGACGACACCAAGUAAGAAAAUGUUCUGCAAAAGGAGAAUGUAGGGAUGGCAAAAGGGGAUCUUUGCUCCCAUGUGGUUUAACUCUUAAUGCUGGACUAAAACCUUGCAAAUGAUGGGUCUUCUGCAGAAACGUGUAGUGGUGCCUGUAAUGCACUUUGCCCCCUCAGGUAUAAGGAAAAAGAACUCACCUGUUCAAUACUUAAUGGUCCAGCAGGAAGCAAAAGGUGGCAGAAGCUGAAGGAAAAGGCUUGGAACUGGCUUUCCUUUCUCUCUUUGUUAUUACUGUGAAUAUUGUAAAGAGAUAUAAGCAGCCUCCCAGGAUGGAAUCGGCUCACUGGAAGCCAGACAUGCUGGAUUUCUAUUGCGGACUUUGUUUGGGAUGGGGAAAAAGAAAAAAAAAAAAAUAAAAAAAGGACAUCUUUAUAAAAACGUAAUUUUUAAAAUGAAAUCAGACACAAAGUCAUAUUUAUUUUGCUCUUGUUUUCCACAAAAAGCCUCAACCCCUCUGAUUGCAUGUUUUUGUGCUGUUGUUUGCAAUGGCUACCCUGUAAGAAAACCUGCCUUCAAAACAAGGGGGAGAGGGGGGAACAUAUUCAGCAGCCCCCUUGGAUUAGCUCCGUCUAUCUCCAUACCAACAAUAUCUACUAGGAAGGGUGAAAAGAUUGGGGGGGGGAACAAAGCAAAAAUGUAGCUGUAAUAUGGGAUUUCAAUGUGCCCAAGAUGGUGAUUAUUUUGACGCAAUUUCUUCAUUCUUUUCCCUAACAGGAAAGAUUUAUUUUUAAAAAAACAGCCCCCCUCCCAACUACCCUAUUAUUCCUCAAAACAGACAGCUAGGUCAGGCAAACUGUUACGAAAAAACUCUCGGGGAAGGCAAUCCUGCACUAGCGAGGGGUGAGAUACAAGCAUUUACCAAACUGUCGCAGCUAACUUCUAGCACAGCAAAAACCAUCACAGGGCAUAAAAACAUCCAACUCUCAGACUUUGGAGGUUGAAGCAUUUUGUUCUGUUGUGUUGGCAGCUGUUGCUUAAAAAUGCAGAUUAGCUGCUUGGGUAAACUUGCGGCAGUGUGGCCACCACGUCCACACGCAACCAGCCAGCGCAUGUGCUGUCUCGGGCAUCCAGGCCCCGGUGGACUUCACAGGGAGGAAGGGCAGAAAUGAGGUUGAGAUCACUGGAGAGGGGAAAGAGAGAGACAAUCAGUUUGAGCUUCACACAUCCGUCAAAUCCCAGACACAGCGACGGCUAAUGAGAUGAGGGAAAGCAUCGUUCUAAGGAGAACGUCCGUUUUCCGUAGCGUGUUUUAUAUGAAAAAAAAAAAAACAAAAACAAAAAAAGAAAAAAACCUAAAUCUCCCAUUAUUAAACCAUAUUGUACGUAAAUGACCGAAAACAAAGCUAUUGCCAAUGUGAAGUGUAUUCUAUUGAUUGUUAUGAUCUGAUGCCUCUCGUGAACACAAGCUCCAGUAUAACAUACAAUGUACAUAUUUAGCUAUACUUCUGAUGAAAAUGCCCCAAUGAACAGAGGGGUUUGAUAAUGUAAACCACGUAA